UUCUGAAAGGCCCUAUGAAUUACUCUGAUAUUUGUAACCACUGGCAGUCUGACAAUGUCUGCCACAAGAAAACUCAGCAUCCAGCACCCAACAACACAGUCCAGGGCUUUUGGUAAAGAAACUUCCCCCACAAAAGAUGCACUCCCUUCUGCAUCCCCUGCAUCAGCUAAUGUAAAGCCCAGCAUCCUCAGACUGCAAGAAAAAUUAUCUUUAAGUAACUUCUACGUUGAUGUUGCACAGAAUGAAAGUCAUGUUGGAAAGGCAGAGGAAUGUGACAUGAGAAUGGAUAGCAGGAGAUUCUGUGAAAAUUCAGAUCCUCAUAAUGGACAUAAGUACAAUUUGCAGCCAUCGGUGGGCAAUUUAUCAGCCCGGACUUCAAUCCACACUGGAAAUACCACACCAUCAACUAGUGAUUUAAUUUCUACCCAGGAUUGUUCUCGCAGCCAUGUACAAGACAAUCCAGAACAUAUUUAUGAAACCCUCCCAUUCUAUGCCAUGGCUGACUGUUCUGAUGGAAUCUAUGAAGACCCAGAUUUACUGAGAGAUGAAGAAACCCCACCAACAGAUUAUGAAUCCCCAAGCUCAUUCCCCAGACAAAACAGCGCCAAAAAUAUACCACCUUAUCUAUCUGAGGAUACCAACAUAAUUUAUGAUGAUGCCGAGGGCCUAGGCACAACUAUGCUGCCUGAACUGGAUGAACUGAUACAAUCUGAGGAAAAUUAUGUUGAACAUUUAUACUAUUUAACUUCUACCAUCCGGCCAAUACUAGAGAAGAAUGGAGUCGACGUGAAGACACUUUUUUGCAAUAUGGAUGAGAUUCUUCAGGUGGCAAAAUUGUUCUUGACAGAGUUGAAAAAGACAGAGUGCAAUGGGCAGUACCAUCUGAAACAAAUUGGAGAAAUGUUCUUGGAUUUCAGUAAAGAAAUGCAGAAUAUAUAUAGCACAUACUGCUGGGAAUAUGAACGAUCCCUUUCCCUUCUGGAGCAAUACAAGGAGAGUGGUACAUACCAGCAUAUUCAAGAGCUCCUGCAUUCUGAACUGUCUGGAUCUAAAUGUAGGGAAAUCAGCUUCAUCCUGGUCAUGCCUGUGCAGCGCAUCACAAAGUACCCCCUGUUGUUGCUGAGCAUCCUGAAAAGCUGUCCCCCAGGUGACGAGGCCCAUGCAACCAUGCAGAGUGCAUAUUCUGCAAUGCAGGAGGUCAAUCAGAACAUCAAUGAAUACAAGAGAUGCAAGGAAGCUGGCAGCAAAUAUCACCGCUUGCAACAGCAAAGUCUGAUUGAAAAAGUCUCAUCCCUGAACACCAGUACCAUUACUAAAAAAUAUAAACGUCUAAGUCACAGAAUCAUGUAUGAGGCAGGCAUCAUUCCAAAGAGAGAAGACAAAGCAUUUGAUAGUUUGGUAGAACAUUUCCAUAUUCUUGAAGCGGCAGUUAAACUAAUGAAGCAGAAUAUGGCAAGUUAUAUGAAAAAUCUUGAGGAUUUCAGCACCAUUCAGCUUGAUUUCUUUUCUUUGGAGAUCCCAGAUUUCUCAGUCUUUGAGCUUCAGAAUUUUUCUCAGAAUCUGUACCCAGAAUAUAAAAGAAGACUGGACCUGCUUGUCUGGCAGCCUCUUACCAAGCUGUCACAGUGCCUUAAAGGUCCCAAGAACCUGAUCCGAAAGCAUACGGACAAGCUACUUGACUAUGAAAAUUUAGAAAGCAAAUUACAAGAGACAGGUGGGAAAAUGACUUAUGAGGAGGAGGACAUCAAGAAUGCUUACUUAGGAUUUCAUUCAAGGCUGCUGUCUGAACUGCCUGGAUGUAUUGCAUUGUCCCACCAGUUGCUUCAUCAGCUCCUACUCACUUUCAUUGGUCUUCAGAAAGAACUGGCACAAGCAGGAUGGCGAGCAGCAGAAUCUUUAGCUUCUAAGACCCCAAACUGCAAGCUUGCGGAAGUGAACUUUAGGAGGCAGGCAGAGGACAUUAUCAGUAGCUCCCUUGCUCAGCUAACUGAACUCACCAAGAAAUUUGAGCAGCAGAUGCCCUCUCCAGCAGUACAGGAUCAUGAUCCAGCCAUUGUUCUACAAGUCCAGAAGUUGAUAAAACGUCAUGGCCACCAGAAGGAGAUCUAUCAAGUAAUGAGCAAUAUCAACGGCAGUCGGGAUAUGGAUCUUACUCUGCAUCGUUUUGAAAUAGUAGCCGUGCUGCAGAAAUCAGAUACCAAAGGGAACACACACAGAUGGCUGGUGGACACCGCGGGAGGGACAAGAGGAUUUGUACCCUGUAACAAACUUCAGCCCUACCAAUCCGUGAACACUCCAAAGCCGUCCCAGAAUUUCCUUGGCCUAAGUGAAACAGUGGAAAAGAGGCGCCAUUCAAUGAAUCCACUAGAAUGCCCACAACCCAUCUACACAGAAUCCCAGAAUACUACUCCAAUUUUCCAGGUCAUUGCAGGAUAUGGAUUCACUGCCCGCAGCGAUUAUGAGGCGACUAUAAUAGCAGGAGAACAUAUAACUGUACUGGAACCUCAUGACAAGAAGGGAAGCCCAGAGUGGAGCCUUGUGGAGGUUCGAGGCCAGAGGGGCUAUGUGCCAUCUAGCUACCUUGUGAGGGUGCCUGUGCAGAAUACCUAUGGCUGGGUUGUGCCAACAUGAACUUUUCCAGAUUUCAUGAGAUUAUUGGGAAGUAGGAUUUUAGUUUUCCUGGACUCCAUGCAAAUUGUAAUUAUUCUCUGUACAGCAAACUCAUCUGCUAAUGGCAUAACUGCCAAGAACACACAGGGUGGCAGCUCAAAAGUACAGACCAAAACUGUACAACACCGCUGACUGUAAGCAAAGCAAAUCCUCCUUUGCAAUGCCAUAAAUCAUUCCGUGUCGAAAUAAAUUCACUGGAUGUACUGUUUCACCAAUGUUAAUAAUCCAUACGCCCCACGUUUUGGAAGGAUAGGCCUGAUUCACACUCCAGAUAAGGGACGAGGAGUACAGGAACAUGGGUGUGAUGUUUGGGUGGAUUGAGGGUAUUUCCAGCUGAAACUGGGAAUGAUCUGGUUAGACUGGAGCUUUAAUUUAGCAUAUAUAUAUAUAAAUAUAAAGCAUGACCAAGGAGUUCAUGGUUUCUCACUUUUUUAUAUUAUAUUAAUAUAUAUGAAACCUGACUAAUAUCUGUUAACCUAAUUCUGUCUUAGUUGUGCAGAGACAGCAAGGAAUAUGAAUCUAGCUGAUCACUGUGCCCAAUUAUUCCUUGGCUGCUCACCAGAUGAACACUAAUUCUAUUCACUGUUUAUUGUAAAUAAGAUAACCCACUGGUAGCCAAUAAAAUCAUUUUGAAUUUUU